AUGCGCACCGCCACUAUUCUCGCUGCCAUGGCUUCGGCCGUCUCAGCCGUCACCUUCCACGUACAAGCUGUAGAAGGUUACGAUUGGGAUGUUACGGCCUGGAGUGCCGGCUGCGAGAGAUCCGGUUGCUACUAUGACUUCAAUGUCUCCGGACCGGCCGACGACCAGAACCCGCCCCGUCCAGCAUUCCUGGCAUACUGUUCUGGAUUCGGUGAAGGUGCCGAGUACGACGAGUGCACUCUCUUGGACGAGGGAGAUGUUGCCCGACGGGUAGUUGCGAAGCUCCUGCCAGCCAUUAGGUUCAACAGCACCAACACUAGUACCAUUGCACAGAUCCAAGUUAGCUUCCAGUAUACAGAUCUCGAGGUUUCUACGACAUGGUGGAACUUCACCGGCCACGGCAACUCCAGCUACAACCAGUUCGUAGCACCGCUCCAGAACUUCACAAUCAAGCCCGACACGAUUUCUGGCGUUGCGUGA